CCGCUCACCCAAACAGAAGACGUCGGCGCCGGAGAGGGCUCGGACAUGGCGAGGCAGCGGGCCGGCCAGAGCGGCGGGGCCCGGUGAUCCCUCCCUAUCCCCGUCCCCUCCCCUCUCCCGCACGCACACCCCGUCCGCCCCACCCCGCCCCCACCCCGGGCGCGCCCGCAGCCCAGGGCGCACACCCGCACGCACGCUCCGCUCCACACACUCACGCACUCCCGCGUCUCGCCGGCUCCCACGGUCGAGCUCCGCCACGCGCGCCUUGCCAACCCGCCGUCCGCCCCCGCCGCCCCCGCCGCCUCCGGGCCCCGAUGGACUGAAUGAAGGCUGCCUACACCGCCUAUCGAUGCCUCACCAAAGACCUAGAAGGCUGCGCCAUGAACCCGGAGCUGACAAUGGAAAGUCUGGGCACUUUGCACGGGCCGGCCGGCGGCGGCAGCGGCGGGGGCGGCGGCGGGGGCGGCGGGGGCGGCGGCGGGGGGCCGGGCCCUGAGCAGGAGCUGCUGGCCAGCCCCAGCCCCCACCACGCGGGCCGCGGCGCGGCUGGCUCGCUGCGGGGCCCGCCUCCGCCUCCGCCAACGGCUCACCAGGAUCUGGGCACGGCGGCAGCGGCGGCGGCGGCGGCGGCGUCGCGCUCGGCCAUGGUCACUAGCAUGGCCUCGAUCCUGGACGGCGGCGACUACCGGCCCGAGCUCUCUAUCCCGCUCCAUCACGCCAUGAGCAUGUCCUGCGACUCGUCCCCGCCCGGCAUGGGCAUGAGCAACACCUACACCACGCUGACGCCGCUCCAGCCGCUGCCUCCCAUCUCCACCGUGUCGGACAAGUUCCACCACCCGCACCCACACCACCACCCGCACCACCACCACCACCACCACCACCAGCGCCUGUCGGGCAAUGUCAGCGGCAGCUUCACCCUCAUGCGCGACGAGCGCGGGAUCCCAGCCAUGAACAACCUCUACAGCCCCUACAAGGAGAUGCCGGGCAUGAGCCAGAGCCUGUCCCCGCUGGCAGCCACGCCGCUGGGCAACGGGCUGGGUGGCCUCCACAACGCGCAGCAGAGCUUGCCCAACUAUGGGCCGCCGGGCCACGACAAAAUGCUCAGCCCCAACUUCGACGCGCACCACACUGCCAUGCUGACCCGCGGCGAGCAACACCUGUCCCGCGGCCUGGGUACCCCGCCCGCAGCCAUGAUGUCGCACCUCAACGGCCUGCACCACCCGGGCCACGCUCAGUCCCACGGGCCAGUGCUUGCGCCCAGCCGCGAGAGACCACCCUCGUCCUCCUCUGGCUCGCAGGUGGCCACAUCGGGCCAGCUGGAGGAGAUCAACACCAAAGAGGUGGCCCAGCGCAUCACCGCCGAGCUGAAGCGCUAUAGCAUCCCGCAGGCGAUCUUCGCGCAGAGGGUGCUGUGCCGGUCUCAGGGGACUCUCUCCGACCUGCUCCGGAACCCAAAACCGUGGAGUAAACUCAAAUCUGGCAGGGAGACAUUCCGCAGGAUGUGGAAGUGGCUUCAAGAGCCGGAGUUCCAGCGCAUGUCCGCCUUACGCCUGGCAGCGUGCAAACGCAAAGAGCAAGAACCAAACAAAGACAGGAACAAUUCCCAGAAAAAAUCCCGCCUGGUGUUCACCGACCUCCAACGCCGAACACUCUUUGCCAUCUUCAAGGAGAACAAACGCCCAUCCAAAGAGAUGCAGAUCACCAUUUCCCAGCAGCUGGGCCUGGAGCUCACGACUGUCAGCAACUUCUUCAUGAACGCCCGGCGCCGCAGCCUCGAGAAGUGGCAAGACGACCUGAGCACAGGGGGCUCCUCAUCUGCCUCCAGUGCUUGCACCAAAGCGUGAUGGAAGGACUCAGUUGGGCACAAGUCACCUCCAAGUGAGGACAACAGACACCAAAAGAAAACACAAAGGAAAAAGACACCGGAAUCUUAGCUGGGGCCCUUCACUGGUGAUUUGAAAGCACAAUUCUUUUGCAAAGAAACUUCUAUUCUAGCUGUAAUCAUAGGGCAGGUGUUCUUUUUUGUUUUGUUUUUAAUGGCUAUGGAGUCCAAGUGCAAGCUGAAAAUUAACCUCUUUGAACCGGACAUUGUCCUCUGAGCAUGCUAAGCAUCCCAGAAACCAAAUGGGGCCCUCCUGGAGUGAGUUCAUUUCAGUGCGGUGUCAGCCAAGCUCAGGAUUGCUUAAAAUGUCAACAGUUUCUCUUUGAGUCCUGUCAGUCUCUUGCAGUCAGAGUUCCCAUAAUUCACAGUGGGAAUUCAGCCUGUGUAAGGCUCUCUGAGUUUGGGCUCCAACAAGAGAAGGAUCUAGCAACAAGAAUGACCUCAUUUGCUUUCCAAGUGCUUAGCCUCAACAUACCACAGUACACCAAAGUUCACAGGCAUUACAUUAAAAAAACACCAGAAUGAUAAUUACGAGCACAAGUUUUAAAUACAGAAGUUAAAAAAAAAAAUCCAAGGACAUAUUUUUCCAACUCAGGCAUCUUUUCAUCAAAUGGUUUAGAAAGCUUUAAGUUGAUCCAGUUUACAGUUUUCUUUUCCUUACCUCCUGGAAAUCUCACGUGGUCUUGGAUCCAUCAAAAAAAAACCAAAAUCAAAUCAGUGCACUUGAGCUCAAAGUAUCAAGCACAACGUAGAUAAACAGAGAAGUAAGGAAGGUUCUGGAUUCACUGCAUCUGGAUUUUCAAGACGCUGACUGUGAAGUCAUUAGGGAAUCGUUGGGAAUAUGGCUUCAAGCACAUUUUGCAGUUUGCUACAAAUUCUGUUUGUACAUAAAGCAGACGCACACUCAGGAGGCCAAUUUAACUGUUACGGUACAUGGAGCAAAUGCAGCAUUUUAAAAGAUCUAGAUUUUUUUAGAUCAUUAAUGUAUCCUUCUUGAUUAUUAGUCACCUGGUUCCUCCUAUUGUGCAUUAUGACUGCCACAUAUUUCAUUUGUACUCUUUCAGAUUUCAGUUGUUUCCUCAUCCAUACCACUGAUAGGGACAUUUUUCAGUGUUUUCUAACAAGAAAAACAUAUCUCAGACCACCAUAUGUGUUACUCAUGACUUUCAUCUAUUCCUAAAUCUCUUCCAUUGUUGAAUCAUCCUUGCAAAACAGCUGAAUAAAUCUGGAGAAAACACAGCACACCAAAGAAGCAGAAUACUGCAAACCAAAGACAUUUAUUACUUGCCAUUUUCUAGCCUAAAAUUACUGUGAUUACUUUUAGAAAUUAGAAAACCUCUGCAACUCCAAAUGGCAUUUCAGCUCUUGCAUUUGGCUCACCACUGGGCUGAGCAGACCGGCUAUGCCAAGGACAUUAGCCAAGCCACCCAGGGAGUGGCUUUGCCACACCAGCUCUGGUUCCUGGCUAUCACCUUCCCACAGCAAGUGGAAGUGCCCUCACAGAACUCUGGGAGAUUGCGAAGGUCACGAUGUGCAUAUUUACCAGUGAAUGGCCCCAGGUGGGCACCGUGGAGGUGUUCGAAGCAAGCCAAACGCUGCAAUGAUUCUUUACAGACACUUGAGACUGACUUUUUUAUGAAUUACUUAAUCGAAACCAAAGAAACUUUUUCUGCACCUACUUCUGCAACAAACAAAACUGUUCCAUUAAAAUGAAUAAAUAAAUAAAUACGUAAAUCAAUGAAAAUCACCACCACCAAGAAGGAAGCACGCCAGAAAAAAACAAAAACCCAAAAAACAGCAAGACACACUGUGUUCAGACCUCUUGGGACAUUUUUUGGAAGCAGAUUUUAAAGAAAGGGUUGAGACAAGAAUAGAAAUAAGGAAAAGCCACAGUGGCUGCUGCUUCAUUUGACAACUCAAGCGGUAAUCUUAAAGUUGAAGAUUGUCUUUAAUUUGUGCCUAUGCAGUUUUUUCAAAAGAACACGGAACAGAGCAACAGAAACCUCAACAGCUACAAUACCAAAGAUGAGGAUUUCUCACAUCUUGUGUUUCAGUUCAUUAUCUCCUCUUGUCUGGCUAAAAUACUAAUAGCGCCAUUGAUCUGUGUAAAGGUAAUCAAUUUAGUUUCUGAGCAACAAAAAGGAAAGGGUCAUUUAUUUGAUUUUACUGUUUCCCUUUAAUUUUGUUUUAUGGCUUUCUACCCCAACAUGGAAUCUCUCCAAAGGUUCCAUGGGCUACAAAUUUAAGAUGUUGGGAUACUGAAAGAUUCUCUCCUCUCUGCUCCUCAGAGUGUAGUGAAUUAUAUUGUCACGUGAAUUACCUUUUUUUAUCCCUUAGACUUGGUCCCUUCUGUGUUCAGUCUCAUCAUCAGGGGAGGGGAGGGGAAUGAGGGUCAGGGCUGGGGGUCUGCUGACGCAUCCUCUCCGGAGCCACAGAACCAAAGAGUUUAUAGAGGAGUUGACAGCCUUGUCUUCAUGUGAUUGCUAAAUACUAACGGCUUCAUCUGGGGGAGGGGGAAACAUGUAAAAAUAAUUGCCAGUUUCUACUUUUCUAUUAGCUUUUUAAAAAUCAGCUGUAAAGUUGCAUUUCUAAAGAAAGAUAUAUAUAUAUAUAUAUGAAUACGUAUAUAGAUACAACUUGACACUGGUGAUCACCCAAAAUUAUUGCUGUCCAAAUUCAUGUCUUGUUUCUGUCAAGUGCUUCAUUAAGUAUUCAGUUCAAAAGUGUGCUCAUUUCUCAUGCCAGUUCAGAGUUCAUUUGCCACUGUGGAUGAUUUGAGAUAUUCAGAUUUCUGUGAAAAUUCCUGGGAAAGGUUGAAAGUCAAGCACUUCAACAUUUAACCUGUUGUUAAGUGGAUCCAUGGGGCAAAUGAGUUAUUUGUAUUUGGCAUCAUCUCUAUUUUAUGCCUCAAUCAUGAUCAAGGUGGUGAGUGAAGUCCAUCCACCAGAUGUGACCCAGAACUGGGCCAGGCCCAGUCGGGUGCUCAUCUCUGUGGCUGCUGGAAAGGCUCAGCGGUCCACUCCCCCCAGUGAUGGAGAUGAGGCCAGCCCAGAAAUCUGUUCUCCAGGAGCUGCCCUGGCUCAUCAGGGUGUUCCAGAUUCAGUGACUAGUUCAUGAGUAGACCCACCAAAUGGGCUUCUCAUUGGGGAAGUCCAGC